GAACGAUGAAAUAACGGAAAAUGUAAUAUUCUUAGGAAAUAUUUGAAGGUAGCUAACGAUUGGAAAACGAAUAGGUGCUUAGAUUUAGGGCUGUUCACGUAAGAUGUAGUACAUCUAGGUUGGACGAAUAACGAACGCAUAAAAUUGUUCUUUUAACGAAUCGAUUUAUUUUUUGACACAAACUGCCAAUGAAUCGGGUCAAGCGAGUCCAAAAAGAGAAAAGUAUCUCCAUAGGAUUCGUUAUAUUUAAAAUUUACAAGAGGGAUUGUAUAAUGCGAUUUCAUUCAUUCACAUACCAUACGAUACAACGCAUACUUGCGACUUCGUUAUAUUUUAUUAUUUUUCUAACUAUGAGUUUGCGCGAUACUACUUGUUCUUCUUUCGAUAACUUCAUUACGGUUAUUUUUGCACAUCAUUAUCGAAACUGAUCGUAACAGUAACGAGUAGGUAAUAGAAAAAAAAACGUAAAAUGUAGUUGAAAGAUUCUAAAAUCGCGUCUGUUAAGAUCGAUUGGAUAACGGAAGAACACGAAGAAAGAAUAAUCGAAAUCUAUUUUUGUACGAUAGUCAAGUAAAGUUUGAAAUCGCAUUUGUUUCGAUAACUAACACGCAAUUCUUAUAUCAUAGAGAUUUUACUUUCAAAUUCGAUGAAUUUUUCGACAGAAUCGCGGAUCGUUUGAUUUCGUGAUCGAAACACCAGGUGUCAGCGCGUUUCAACGCUGAGCGAUAUAUCGAAUAUAAGAAUAAAGAAAUCUACUUGAAAAUCUGUAUUUUCUGAUUCAUUAAAAUCCUAACUGCCAUUUCGUUUCCUUUCUGGUGCAAUUUCGCAAGGUCUCAACAAAUGGGAUAACCUCUCCAGUUGAAUUUCUGUACAAGAUCUGGGAUCACUGGAAUUGCUUUUGAAAGCAUCACGUGUAUGGUACGUAUGUAUAUGCAAUACGCGCACACACGCAACGUGCAAAUGUAGCCAAUCAUCGAUCGAUAGUGAAAACUCGAUACAAAGAUCUUUGAUUCGGAAGCUUCGACAUCGAUAAUCGCGAGUACGUAUGGUACACGCGACGUUCUCUUUCGUCCUUGACGAAAGAGAAACGUUGCGCGUUCUAGGAAAAAGAAAAAGAUAUCGUUUAUUGGUAACAGAGAGACGAUCGAAUAGUUAGUAAUUGAAAGGAGCCGCGUGCACGGUUGAUAAAAAUUAAAUCGAGGAAUUAGUGACGCACUUUUCUUUAAACACGGAUCGGUUUGCCAACUAACUUCCGUAACAAAUUAACGAUGCAACACGCAACGACAUUUAGGGUUACGAAUUCAACUACGAUAGUACGUUUAUAAUUCUUAACAGCGUGCACUUUUCGGAGAAGAAUCAGCAGUAGCUAAAAAAAGUUUCCGCGUAUAUUUCGAGCAUUACAAACGAACAAACGAACAAAUGAACGAACGAACGAACGGGAAAAAAAAGAAAUAAAUCCGUAAUAAGAAAAACUAUGUAUUCAACGUACGAAGCAAUUUCACCUUAUCGAACGUUUCGUUCUCUGUAUCGUUCGUUCAUUCUUUUGUACGAAGAAUUUUCGAAGAAAGCGAAACCGGCUCGAAUCUCUGACGGUGAUCUCUUUUCAACCGUUCUACAGUCUGCGAAAACGUUUUGAUCGUUGGUAAAGGAUUAAAAUUCGCGUAAUGUCGUUGAAAACAAACGGAAUUUACUUUAGUUCCGUCAGUGGUGAGAGAAACUAUCGGAUCUUCCUUGUUUGUUUCGCGUUCGAUUUGUUUCUCGUCGAUAUCGUUAGGACGAUUACGCUAGGAAGUUUACGCUAGGAAAUCCGUAGUCUCGUUGCGUGCAAACAAUUCGUACGAAACGCGUAGUCGAUUUUCGGUUAGCGGUAUAAUUGAAAUCCGAUGUUUUAGAAGAAGAAGAAGAAGAAGGAGGACAAAAUAGGGAAUAAAAAAAGCGAUUGAAAAAACGGACGGUGCAGUUUGUUUCCGGUGAAGCGGCGUGGAAGAUCGUCGCGAAUCCAUUUCCGAGCGGAGAAGAAUCAUUGGAAUCUAAUCGCAGGCGGAGGUAGAGCAGAGGGGCGAGGUAGAGAGCAACGAAGUAAAAUUCGAGAAGCGAACAACCAUCCGUCGCCCCUCUUACCCACGGUGUACGAACAGCUACGGAUACUCGAAACGAAGCCGGAGGGAAUGUCUUCGUGCGUCGACCAGCAACAGGUCACCGAGGAAACGAUUCCUUGCAACAAGGAUUCCUUGCAGCGAUGGGCGGAGAGAAGCGUGUGGACGCUGGUAUGCGCGAUGGAAUUGGGAUUGAUACCGUCGGAGAUGAACGCGAGGAGCGGCACGACGCGAGACGCUGCUCUCGAGGACAACGAGUCGCUCUUCUCGACGAAUUCUACGAUCGAAAUCGCCGAUUCUUCCACGCGGAAAUCGUCUUCGCGAUUCUCCGCGAGAAUAUCUCCGUAUUCGUCGAAAAACCGGUCCUACCUAGGAAGUGGCCGCGGAAGGAAGAAGGCGGCCAAGAGAAACGCUCACGCGAAACGUGGAAAUCGCAAACUCGAUCGUGGCAACGAUGCGACGAUCGAAAACUUUUGGAAAUCGUGCAAGAGAAAAACGAGGAGUAGAUCGGGCAAGCGAGAACACCGAGAAGAUCGCGAACGAAUCAUCGGAGAUUUUACGUUCGAUCUGCCUCGUAACGAUUGCACCGCUUGCUGCCCCACUUGCAAACGCGAGUGCGUCCAGAGCGCACCGUCGUCGGCCGUUCGAUCGACUCGCUUUCCCGUCGCUCCCGUCGCUCCCGUCGCUCCCGUCACGAUGGCUACGUUGCGGCGAAAACGCGUGUCGAAGAUUCGCUCGUGGAAAAGAAACGGUCCUAACGCGGUCCUCGAACCGUCCGACAUCGUCGCUUUGCCGAACGAACGACUCGUUCGCGGUCGUCGGAGACUCGUCGACGAGGAUCAACGACGUUCUUCGACCGAGGACGAGAACCGCGAACCGAUACUCUACCCGUUGCCUCCGAUAGAUCGAGAAUACUCGAGCGAUUCUCGUUCCACGACCGUCUCGGAAUCGAACAAUCGCGAAAUCUCGAAGCUGCUCGAAAACGAACACGAACGAGAAACUUUUCGAUCGGCCGACUUUUCCUGCGUACUUUCUACCUUCUCGCCGAUCGAAGAAAUCUCGAACGAGAAGAAAUUCUCGAUCGAAGAAGAGACGUUGCACGACGAUCGAAAGAAUCGACUCCCGUCGCCGGCCGACGAGGUUCGCGAAAAGAGACGCUGCAAAUCGGUCGACGGUAUCGGAAAGCGCUCAGGAACGAGAAGUUCGAGUUUGAAGAGAAACAGGACGGCGCCUGGAAGCGUGAACGCCUUUACGCUUCGAGCGAUGACGUUCCAAACGAUUCAAGAGCAUCCCGAACCGAGAAGAGUGACGCGAGGAUCGACGAAAGUGGACAAGGAUCGCGUCGUUGGAAAACUGGUGUGGGGUUGUUGCUCCGGCUGGUGGCCAGCGUUAAUUAUCGAUGCCGACCAUGUAGGAAUGUUGUCCGAGACGGGGAAAGUAUGGGUUUACUGGAUCGGAGAAGCUCGUAUAUCAUUACUGAACGAAAAAACGCAGAUCGAAUCGUUCUCCAGCAAUCUGAAGUGUAGGCUGACGCAGAAUUUGAACGUAGCACGAGUUCGAGCUAUCGACGCGACGAUGCAGGUUUUUCCUUCUUUGUUGUUUCUUUCAACUCUUCUUUUUUUUCUCGAGCACGCUUGUCUUCCCCUCGUUCCACCUCCUCCGUUUCCGUUAACGCGACUCGCUCGUGUCUCGGUGCAUCCGAGCAUUUUAGCAUCCGAUUUGCUUCAGAUGUUGCGCAAACGACUCGGCUGCGCUUUGACGAAACCUUACGCCGCUUGGAUAGAGAAGAACUUCUCGGAGGCGAUCGAAGCGUUCGACGAGAUAAGGUUCUACCCGUAUCCGCCCCGAAUACAACAAAGGCUCGACCAUCUGAAGGAGAAGAACGCGAAAGUCACCGAAAAAUACUUGUCGGAUCAAAAGCGCGAAACUCAAAACAAGAAAAUCGACAAACCGAAAGAAUCGCCGCCGCAACGAGUCGACGUGGAUUUAACGCGACUGCCUUUGAAGGAACAACAUCCGGGCACUAUAACGUGGGCAAAAAUCUCGGGGCACAAUUGGUGGCCAGCGAUGAUCAUCGAUUACCGCGACUGUUGCAUGCGUGAGCCAAGCUUUGGUUGUCAGUGGAUCAUGUGGUACGGCGACUACCAACUUUCGGAGGUUCAUCACCAGCUGUUUCUAAGAUUCGACAAAGGAAUCGAGAGGAUGCAAGACUACGUGAAAAACACCAAGAAGCACGUCUAUCUGGUCGGUGUCCUCCAAGCUGCGAAGGAUUAUUGUUCUCGUUUCGGAUACGAAACCGAAAGUUGGACAUUGGCCGACGUGUUCGAAUACUUCUCGAAAACGGACACAAUCGCGGAAACGCUGCGCGUUCCGUUAAAGAAAGAGGAUUCCGUGAAAAUAUACGAUAAAUAUUCGACGCAUAUCGUCGGCAAGCUGAACGAGUUAAAGAACAAUCCGAACGUGGACGACAAACGAGCUCGGGAUAUAAAAAGCAGCGACGAUUUACGCUCCGCGAUCACCGGCCGAAUACCCUUCGAAUCUCUCUGUCUGAAGUGCCUGAAGAUUCCCAAGGACGGGGCUACGGAACUUCAUCCGUUCUUCGAGGGAUCUUUGUGCAAAGAGUGCUCGGAACAGUACAAACCUUGCAUGUUCGUGUUCGGCAACGAUUCGAAAUGUUUUUAUUGCACGAUUUGCGCCGCUACCGGAACGGUGAUCAUCUGCGACAAAGAGGAGUGUCCGAGGGUUUACUGCACGGCUUGCAUGAAGCAUUUGUUGUGCCCGACGACGUACGAGCAAGUGCUGCAGGAAGAUCCUUGGGAAUGCUUCCUAUGUAACGGCGCGUCUCGCUCCGUUUCCGACACGAUCGUGCGACCACGCUCAAACUGGAAGGACAAAAUAAUCGACAUGUUUCGUACGGUUUCUAAUUCGGUCGUACGGUCGGUUCAACAUAGCCAGCAUGGAAGAAAGAUACGCGUAUUGUCUCUGUUCGACGGUUUGAGCACAGGUUUGCUGGUGCUUCAGAAGCUCGGACUAGCCGUAGACGUUUAUUACGCGAGCGAAAUCGAUCCGGACGCGUUGCUGGUGAGCGCCUCGCAUUUCGGCGAUAGAAUCGUUCAUUUGGGCGACGUCAGGGGUAUCACGAAAGAGAAGAUCAAGGAAAUUGCCCCGAUCGAUCUGUUGAUCGGUGGAUCGCCGUGCAACGACUUGAGCCUCGCUAACCCCGCACGACUCGGUCUCUAUGAUCCAAAUGGAACGGGAAUCCUGUUCUUCGAAUACCGCAGAAUUCUGGAAUUGCUCAAGAAAAUUAACAACGGCCGUCACCUCUUUUGGAUGUACGAAAACGUUGCCUCGAUGCCAAGCGAGUAUCGACUAGAAAUUAACAAACAUUUAGGACAGGAACCAGACGCGAUAGACUCUGCCGAUUUUUCACCGCAACACCGACUCAGACUCUACUGGCACAAUUUACCCAUUGAACCGCAAUUUUUGGCGAAUCAAGGCGAACAAGACGUACAAGAUAUACUUACGCCGCAUUGCCAACGUUACGCGCUCGUUAAAAAGAUUCGAACGGUUACCACGAAAGUAAAUUCGUUGAAACAAGGUAAACUGGCUUUGAAACCGAUACUGAUGAAGGACGAGAGCGACUCGUUGUGGAUAACCGAGCUCGAAGAAAUAUUCGGAUUCCCGCGACAUUAUACGGACGUGAAGAAUUUAUCGGCCACAAAACGGCAAAGAUUAAUAGGCAAAUCAUGGAGCGUGCAAACCUUAACUGCCAUCUUAAGAUCUCUUUGUCCCUAUUUCGAGUGCAAUACCGUGCCAACCGAUUGAUCGUUCUACUCGAUCGAUUUUGCGCUUCGACCUGUAAAUUCUAAACGCGAAACGAUCGAGCAACGAUCUCGAGGUAAAUCGUCGUUUCAUCUAGUCCCCAGAAGUCGGAAUAUAACGAAACGCGAAUAUUUUUUAUUUUUCUCUUCUUUUCUAUAAAUCGUCGUUAAGCAUUUAUUUUCGUUAUUAUAAUCAAGACAACAAGCUCUUUUAUACACUGCCCAUUAUGUUUAGAUCUUGUCAUCUCGAUUCAGUCUAUACCAUACACGUUUCGUUAGCCCGUCAUUUUUCUCGACUGGAAAUUAUAUAUUACACGCGCAUUUGUAUCGUUGUAUCGUACAUUUUUACAAUAUCUCAUUUUCUAUCGGUGAUAUAAAUGAAAAAACAAAAGAAACGAAAAAAAAAUAUUAUAAAUGACUUUUCAAUGAUGGGAAACAAUUAUCGAUGCUAUGUACAACGUGUUUCGGUAACGCAAAUAAAAUUCGUAGACGAAU